CGAUUGUAGCAGCAGCUCGUCUGCGCUCCAGAUGAAAUAUUUCUUUAUUUACAUUAAAUUGAUUAUUUAUUAGUUUAAUAUUAUUAUGUUUAUGAUUAAAAUAAAUUUUACGUGUUGUAAAAAUCCGAUCAUUUAAGGAGAUUUAUCUCCAUUUUGCUUUAAACUCAAGAUCUGAAGAUGGAGGACGGUAGCACUUUAGAUGGAGGUGCACCAGGCUCUGUGGGACACCCUGUCACCCCUGUGGAGCAACAGAACGGAGGAUUCCAGGAGAAGCUCAGCAGCUGUGGCGCUGUGAAGGAAGAGACGCAGGAGCCGAAGAGCUACGAUCACGGAGACGACCUUCGUACCGGUCUGAAUAUUAUCUGCGUUAAAGAAGAAGAACCCGAAGAAGACGAGAUCCUCUGUAAGACUACAGGACCCGUUAGAAAGCAGUCUGGAGUUGUGAUGAUGACACGCCCUAUGUAGUGCACUACACCUACAGCAGGAAGUGGCUUCAGAUGGAGCUCGUGCCUCUGAUUGGUGCUUGUGUUCUGUCCUUCCAGACUGUGAGGAGUGCAGAUCGUUCUUCUUCAACAAGUGUGAGCUUCAUGGUCCACCUCUCUUCAUCCCUGAUACUCCUGUUCCCACGGGCAGCGGCCAGCGAGCCAGACGAACCCUUCCAGCAGGUCUGGAGCUCGGAGAGUCUGCUGUUCCUGAUGCCGGUCUGGGAGUGUUUAAUACCGGCCAGACGGUACCAGUCGGUGCCCAUUUUGGAGCCUACCAGGGAGAAGUGGUGGAGAAAGAGGAAGCCAUGAACAGCAGCUACUCGUGGGUGAUCUACAGGAGUGGGCAGGGUGAGGGCUACAUAGAUGCCAAGAGAGAGACACACGCCAACUGGAUGAGGUUUGUGAAUUGUGCUCGUAACGAUGAAGAACAGAAUCUGGUGGCGUUUCAGUAUCGAGGGGGAAUUUUCUACCGCUGCUGUCGAGCCAUCAGAGCAGGACAGGAGCUCUUGGUGUGGUACAGUGAGGACUACGCUAAAGAUCUCAGCAGUGUGUUUGAUUUCCUCUGGAACAGAAAGUGCUCCACACACGGACUGAAUGAUUCCCGGUUGCUCUUCAGUCACGAUGAUGAACGUGUUGGGCUGAUAAACCUGGAGGGAAUAAAUUACGGCUCCGUGACGCCCCCCACCACCAGCUCCAUCCAUCCAGAGCUCGGGAACACCUCCGGCGAACAGCUUCAGAAGGAAGGUGGCGGGAAGGGCGUGGCCGUACAGAGUCAUCGACAACAGCACCGGCGCAUUCACGAGGGAGAGAAACCGUACGAGUGCUCGCUGUGCGGGAAGACCUUCACCUACCAGAGCACUCUCCAGCGUCACCAGCACAUUCACACCAAAGAAAAACCGUACGUCUGCUCGCACUGCGGCAAGAGCUUCUCCCAGCAGAGCACGCUCCAGCGGCACCGGCGCAUUCACACCGGGGAGAAACCCUACAAGUGCUCGCACUGUGAGAAGAGCUUCACUCAGCAGAGCACGCUCCAGCGGCACGAGCGCAUCCACACCGGGGAGAAACCCUACCGGUGCCUGGACUGCGGCAAGAGCUUCACUCAGCACGUUCACUUUCAAACGCACCAGCGCAUUCACGUCGGAGAGAAGCCCUACCACUGCAUGCAGUGCGCGAAGAGCUUCCUCAACAAGAGUCACCUCCAGCAGCACCAGCACAUUCACACGGGAGAGAAACCCUACCAGUGCUCGCAGUGUGGGAAGAGCUUCACCAAACGCAGCAACCUCAAAGCGCACCAGCGCAUUCACACAGGACUGAAGCCGUAUCGGUGCCCGGACUGCGGGAAGAGCUUCACCCGGGCGAUUAACCUCCAGCAGCACCAGAACGUCCACUCGGGAGUGAAGCCGUAUUACUGCGCUCAGUGUGGCAGGAGCUUCUCUCAGAAGAUUCACCUGCUGACGCACCAGAGCAUUCACACCGGAGAGAAACCCUACCACUGCCUGCACUGCGACAAGAGCUUCUCAGACAAGGGUUCCCUCAAACAGCACCAGAGCAUUCACACCGGAGAAAAGCUGCACCACUGCUCGCUGUGCAGCAAGAGCUUCAGGGUUCGAGGUCACCUGACCAUACACCAGCGCACUCACACCGGAGAGAAACCCUACAACUGUUCACUGUGUGGCAAGAGCUUCAUACAGGCCAGUCACCUGCAGCGACACCAGAACAUUCACACCGGGGAGAGUCGCUGCCCGUGCCCGCAGUGCGGCAAGAGCUUCAGCGACCGAGGGACACUCAGGAAGCACCAGCGCAUUCACACAGGAGAGAAACCCUACCAUUGCUCCCAGUGUGGAAAGAGCUUCACGUACGUGGAGACCUGUAAGAAACACAAGUGCGUCGGUACGGCCGGUAGCUCAUGACGGGCGAGUUCGGCAGAUUCUCGUCUGAUCUGUAUAAAUGUGUAAAAGAUUUCAUCUGUUUAACUUCAUAACAUUUGAAACACGUUUUAUUAUUUGUAAGUAGAUAUUAAUCAUCUAUAUUCACAAAACAUCCAUCACAUCACAGAGCUGCUCGAGAAGAGCCGUUAUCAACAUGCUCGGACUCUCAGCGCAGUGCUUCAUACACACAAACACACAAACACACAAACACCUCGUCUUACAUCGAAUUCAGUCCAAGAGUCCUUUCACUGGGCAGUGAUAGCUCAGUGGUUAAGGUACUGGACUAGUAAUCAGAAGGUUGCCGGUUCAAGCCCCACCACUGCCAAGUUGCCACUGUUGGGCCCCUGAGCAAGGCUCUUAAUCCUCAGUUGCUCAAAAUUGUGUUCAGUCAUAACUGUAAGUCGCUUUGAAUAAAAGCAUCUGCUAAAUGCUGUAAAUGUAAAUAUAAAAAGGUCCAGGAUACCCUAUAAGUAACUCCAUAACAUCGUUAAUACAACACGACCUUCUGAAGUUCAACAUUUAACUGUCUUAUACAAUAAAUAUAUAAAUACAUUUAUGAAUUUUAAUUAAUGCAAAUGUAAAGAAAAACACAAAUUCAACACGAACGCAAAUCUGCAUAAACCGCAACGAAGCAGCGGCACCGUGUGGCGGAACCUGGAACUACAGGCACCGAACACCAUGUAAAUAAAACAAUAUUUUCAACA